AAUCAGAAUAAAUGAUACAAAGGGGGCGGGCACCCGACUGAAAUGGGACCAAUGAAAUGGCUCGUUGCUAAGGGUUCGUUUAGAAACGGUUCAAAAUGGCGCUGGUGGGGGAGAGCGACAACAGAGAGAAUUUAACGGAAGAAAUCCCGGAAUAUGACCGACGAAAAGAGAAGAUGGUGGAGAUCCUGCAGCGGAGGGACCAGGAGAGGCAGCUGGAGGUGGAGAGGAGGAAAAUGGCCAAAGAUGUGACCAGGGUGAAGGAGGAAAAGUCCAACUUCUUCACCGCGGCGUUUUCUGAGGAGAAGGCGAAGAUCGAAGCGCUGCUGGAAAGCUGCGAAGGCAGCGACAGAACCGCGCUGAGCGCCCGCUUCGAGGAGAUCUCGCGGAAGAUGCAGCAGCUGCAGAAGUUCGUGAACGACAGUAUGAUGUUCCUGUCUGCCUACGAGCUGCGCCAGGCCCAGGACGCCGUGCAGAAGUUGCAAGGGAUGGUGGUGGAGAAGAGGGAGGAAUGUCUACCCAAGAAGAAAUUCGCUUUCAAAUCCCGCAGAAAGGAAGGUGCCGGCCCCAAAGAGCCCAAACCCGCUGAUUCCCCAUCCGACAACAAACCCAGCGACCACACAGUGAUCGAGGAAAACCUCUACGGCUUUUCUGACGCCGACUCUCAAGUGUUGGUCCGGCGGGCGGACGAGAUCACUGGGAAAGACGUGUUGUUGACUAGGUUGUCCAACUGCGUGGUGAAGCUACUCGGCUCGCCCAACACACUGCAUGUCAAGAAUGUCAUCAAUUCCAAGGUGUUGUGCGGACCUGUCUCUACCUCAGUGUUCAUUGACCAGUCCAUCGGCUGCACGUUUGCCUUCGCUUGUCAGCAGCUGCGAACGCAUAAUACUAAGGAUGCAAAUGUGUAUUUGCAUGUGACCAGCAGAGCCAUCGUAGAAGAUUGUACCGGAGUUUCCUUUGCUCCGUUUAACUGGAAGUACGAAGGCAUUGAAAAGGAUUUUGAGCUGGCAGGUUUAGACAGAACGAAAAACAAUUGGAACAUUAUUGACGAUUUCAAUUGGCUCGCGUCUGACCAUUCCCCUAACUGGAGUAUUUUGGCUGAAGAGUCUCGAAUAACUGACUGGGACGAAAUCUUAGCACCAUAAAUCUAUCACAUGUGCCAGAAGUCAGUGUUUGCUGAGCAAUCGGAGAAUGUCGUGAUUUAAUUGCAGCUGUUCAUAUACUUGAAUAUAAAAUAAAUUUCACGGACUGAAAGAAAAGCAACUUAUUUAAUUUUUCGUCCUAUUUGUCGGAUAGUAAUUGAUGGAAAAAAAGAUGCAGUGGUCCAAUGUGGGAGGCCAACCCCUGUCUGAAUAGGAGUGAAAGCAAGUCCAACACCAUACUGGUGCUCUAGAGGUGUUUCCUGCCAAUAGAUUUAAUAAGAGGUCAAAGAUUGAGCUGACUUGCACCAUACAAACUCUGACUAGUUUUGUAUUUCCAGCUCUACAACAGUUUAACCUGUUGUACUUAAAAGGAACUGUUGGAGGUCUUCAAUGCAUAUUAAAUUUCAACUAUAAAAUUGUUUUCACUUAAAGACGAGAGGAGUAGCAAUGGUUGGACCACUAGCAGCCUUUGCUCUGCCCCAUUCCGAUUGCCUUCUCCAGGCUCCACCUGAGAGCUGUUGGUGGCAUCACUGUGGCCUGAAAUUCAUCUCGUGCUUAUUUUUGAUUUCUCAUUGUACUUAUUAAAAUGAGGCCCAAUAUCACUCAAGGUGACCAGUUCUGGUACGUGUCCCCAUGUUUAAUUUACCUUACUAGUGGGAAUAAAUUUCAACUACGUUCUAGCUUAGACUUCAGGGAAACUGUCUGGCUACAUUAGUUUUGAGAAUUUUCACCUACUGCACUGAAAUUGUGGUGAGGGAUGGAUGAAGAGGAAGGGGGGGAAUAUUAAUUUCAUCCUAUAAGGCUCCUCCACAAUUGAUAUUGUCAAUACAAUAAUCUUAAACUAUAAAAGCUAAAUAUUUAAACUAUAUUUGAUGUAAAAACAUAUGCACCUUUUCCUUAAUUAUCAUCUUUCUUUUCCACCUAUUUAAAUUUCAUCCUUCAUUUUAUUAAUGCCUUAUGGGCCUAUUCCAUUUUGGAAUGGCUAUCUGACUUAUAAGUCAGCUUUAAAAUGCAGCUUUUUUAAAAAAUCAGUCAAAUAUAAAUAGCUGCAUUUCAACCAUUGUUUCCUUAUAUCAAACCCAAGGGAGGUGUGGAUGGAUGUGUUUGGUUCUGUGUGGCGCAGGACCAAAGGAGAGUAAAUUUAUAUCAAGGGCUGGGUUAGAAUAGCACUUUUUAUGUUCAAGACCAAUUUGCUUAUUAGUCUAAAGUAUCAUCUGAUCUGUAGGAAAGUUUAAAAUCUCUUUAAGCCGAAACUGCUUCCUUUUACUGUCAAACUCAUUCUGGUCUGCUUAUUUAAGGAGGAAUGUAUUUGCAUUGGAGACAGUUCAGAGAAAGUUCAUUAGGUUGACUCCUGGGAUGAGGGGCUUGUCUCAUGAGGAAAGGUUGGGCCUAUACUCGUUGGAGUUUAGAAGAAUGAGAGAUGAUAUUGAAAUACAAGAUUUUGAGAGGGCUUGGCAGGGUAGAUGCUGAGAGGAUGUGUUCCCCAUAUGGAGGAAUCUAGAAAUGGGGGCACAGUUUCAAUAUAAGGGGUCUCCCAUUUAAGAUGGAGAUGAGGAAUUUCAGAGGGUUGUUAAUCUUUGGACUUCUCCUCCUCAGGACAGUGGAGGCCGGCUCACUGAACAUACUCAAGCCUGAGUUAGAUUUUUGGCGUACAAGGGUAUCAAGGGUUAUGGAGGGCAGACAGGAAAGAGUUAAGGCCAUGAUCAGAUCAACUAUGAUCUUAUUGAAUGGGGGAGUAGACUGAAUGGCCUACUGCUUGUAGUCCUGUGCAUUGUUUGUGUUUAGAAAUAACCAUUCAUCAUAAUGGUCAAUGAAAUAAAACAUUUUCAUUUGUUUUA